UCUAGGAAUUAUAAUUGUGACGAAUAGACUUUGGCCGGUGAAAAAGUCGAGGUUGAAGAAUAAAAAUUAAAAUAAAAGCGCGCAACACAAGGCAGGCAUUAUGCGCGGGAGUUGAAGAGAAGGAGAGGCGAGGAGUGUGUCUUUCCACCAGUGAGAGUGUACGCUACUGCGCGAUGCUCCUGUGGGACGCGCCAACAGAGAGCUCCAGUCAGAUUUAUCAAAGCUUCUUUCUCAGUCGUCUAGCUGCUCUUGUGCCGCGCAGACAUCGGACCAAAAAUCCAAUAGCUGCGCCAGUGCGCGUACGCUGUCGCUGUGCUGCCCAAAACAUCCCCGACUCGUUUUUGGCUGUGCUUAUUUUUUCGCUCGCCAAUGGCCAAUGUCAGUAGAGGAAUAUUGUGAAUAUUGUGAAUAUUGUGCAUAUUGUGAGAAUUGUUCGUUAGUGGAAAGACCUUUUCUAGUGCGAAUUUUGAUACGAAAUCUGUGCGUAUGAUUUUUCAUUGCUUAAAUACAGCCUAGGAUUCUCAAGAAAGAUGUACUUCCGCCUACUUCUCGUCUCCGCGUUGCUGCUGGUAGCUGGUACGCGAGCAGGCCCAACAAUGACGACCUCAUCGGGCACUGCAGAAUUGUCAACAGUGUUUCCAGCCACCGAUGUGAAUCUGUGCCCAUGCAACGCCAAUAAUACCCAGCAAUUGCCGCAACAGCAGCAACCACUAAACAAGAUGCCUAAUACGCUGAUUCACGGCAUGACAUGCCUGUGCCACGCUGGUCCAGCUCACGGAAGUGUCGCGCGCGACGACUACAAGUACAGUCCGGGGAUAGGGGCACACAAGCUGCACACCCGAGCCGCGAGCUGGAACGAGGCCAGAAAAAUGUGUAACGAAGAGGGUGGACACUUAGCAAUUGUCAAUUCUCUCAGUGAAUCACACGUAUUGAUGGAUCUUUUCGCAAAAGCAGGCCCUACUAAAGGUGCCUCGUAUGAUGGACUCGCUUUCAUUGGUAUCCACGAUCUUUACAAGGAAGGCGAAUGGGUGACAAUUCUUGGAGAGUCGCUUUACAAGACCGGCUACACUCAAUGGUCGGACAAGUGGGGUGGUCAACCUGAUAACGGUGCUGGAGUGCAAAAUUGCGGGGUGUUUUUGCGAGAGGGUGGACUCGAUGAUGUCAAUUGCGAUGUGUCUUUCCCGUUUUUCUGCGAAUUGCCUAUGACUUAUAUCAUUCAUUGAUCAACAUGAUUUUUCAUAACAUACUCUUUAGCUGUCUACUCGGUCGUUUGUUUUAAUAACCAGUUCUAUACAAAUACAUUUCAUUUCCGAUGUACAAUAAAAUUCAAUGUAAA